AUGGUCGAGCUGUACACACAGUCGGUCCCCGAAACGUCCGGGGGCGCCAAAGUCAAUUGGGCAGACAUCCUCAUCAUCGUCGCAGUGCUCUUCUUCACGAUGGUCGUGGCUGUCAUCGCCUCCGUCCAAGCUGGAGAUAGCUUCUUGGCCAAAUACUUCCCCUGCAUCAAACAAGCUAAACCCCAAAACACCCAAGCCCUCGAGUCGCCCGGGGACGGCUACUUGGCCCCAGAGACCACGCAGGGCAAGAAAUUGCCCACCGGUGACGAGCGCGGCUCUACAAUCUCUCAAAACCGCCCAUCUGCCUCAUUAAUCGCGCGUGAUGGCCCGGACCACCAAGUUAACGAGGUUUCCAACUUCUUCCUGGCCGACCGGGGCAUGCAAUGGUACUUCGUUGGCGGUGCUCUGUUUGCAAGCAACAUUGGCGCCGAGCACUUCAUCGGCAUGGCUGGCGACGGCGCUCGUCGUGGCAUUGCAGUUGCAAUGUACGAAUGGUACGCUGCCAUUUUAAUCCUUUGUCUGGGCUGGAUCUUCUCCCCGAUUUACCGUCGCUGCGGUGUCUACACCACGCCCGAGUUCCUUGAGUACCGCUUUGGUGCUCCAUGUCGUCACUAUUUGUCACUCAUUACCGUCAUCAUGUACGUGUUGACGAAGAUGAGUGCAAGUAUCUACGGCGGCGCAAUUGUCUUCCAGGCCACACUGGGGUGGAACUUGUACCUUGGUGCUGGUGUCUGCAUUGCCCUUAGUGCCAUGUACAGUAUUGCAGGAGGUCUACGUGCUGUCAUGUACACCGACCUGUUCCAGAUGUGCGUCUUCACUCUUGGUGGCCUUGUAGUGUUUGUGUACUCGACGCACCAGAUCGGCGGCUUCGAGGGCAUCAAGGAGAAUUUGGCCAACCAGGACCGCUCCGGAUGGUUCCAUCUGUGGAAACCUACCGAUGAUCCGGACUACCCGUGGACGGGUAUGAUUUUCGGCCAACCUCUGGGCUCCAUUUGGUACUGGUGCAUGGAUCAAGAUCUCGUGCAGCGUGUGUUGUCCGCCAAAGAUACGGCCAAUGCCAAGGCCGGAUGCUCUUUCGCUAGUAUGCUUAAAGUGUUGCCUCCGUUCUUGAUUGUAAUUCCUGGGAUCAUCGCCAGCAUCUACUUCGACUUUAGUAAGAUUGACGACGGUACCGAUGCUGCGUACCCGACGCUUCUGACUGAAAUGAUGCCGCAUGGAAUAAUUGGCUUGAUGAUAUCGAGUAUCAUUACGGCGAUGAUGUCGAGUCUCGCGUCCGUGUUCGCUGCUGGAUCCUCGGUCGUGACGAACGAUAUCUACCUCAAAUUCUGUCCGGAUGCCUCGCACAAACAGCUAGUUUGGGUUGGUCGUAUGAGUAUUCUCGUCUUUGCCGUACUGAGCUUCUGCUGGAUCCCUAUUAUGCGCAAUGGAACGGGUCUUUACGAGCAGAUUGUGGAGAUUCAGAGCUACUUGACCCCUCCUAUUGGUAUCGUCCUGGUGCUUGGUGUGGCUUGGAAACCGGCGAAUGUGUACGGUGCAUUCUCGGCCAUGAUUGUCGGCGGUCUACUUGGGUUCACGCGUCUGAUCUUCGUGACGAUCAAAGACGACAGCAUGGACGGAGACCUCCCGGGUGUCAUUAACACGUUCUUCUACAUGAACUUCCAGCACUUCGCACUGCUAUUGUGGCUCACGGCUCUGGUCGUAUGUGUUGCGGUGAGUCUGUUGACGCAGCACAAGAACCGUCCUGAUGAGGAGGUGCGGAAGUACAUGAUUCACUGGGACAAGGUCCUGAAACUUGAUGCGACGGAACUCGUUAAGCCCAUGUGGGCUAACGUCCUGGUCGCCGGUAGUGGUAUCGCUGCUCUUGCUGUCACGUUCAGCAUGUGGAUCUACUUCGCGUAA